AGCGCGAGACGCGCGGCUCUCGUUACGCACCUUCUCCGGUUCCCAGCAGCGCGGCUCGAGGACCGAACGAGCCGUUACUGCUGGGAGGGGAUGGUGGCCCCGCUGUGGGGGAAGCUGUAACUCGGAACUGGACGCCGACUUUCACGCGAUCGGGAGACGCCGCGGAGACCGCAGCUCGCGCGCGGGUUCGACCGGCGCGAGGAGGAUGGCGCGUGAGACGCGCGGCUUGCGGCUGCUCUUCUUCGCCGUGUUUACAGCUGGAGCCCUGUGCAAACACUCGCGGGCCGAAUGGAAUGCCACCAGGGAGCCGGCCAGUGGGAGUGUGUCCUGUAAUCCCCAUGGCAACAGCAGCCAGUGUGCAGCUGCAACUGAGGAAUACAACUGGAGUGGCCACUUCUCCGAGUGCCCCGAGGAGUUCCUCCAAUUCUGUGUCCAUGGGAGGUGUCGCUUUCUGACGGAGCAGAACAUGCCGUCCUGUGUGUGCUUAAAUGGAUACAUUGGCUCUCGGUGUGAAUAUGUUGACCUUGACCUCCACACUGGAGAUCAGAAGCACAUAGUCAUUGCCUGUGUCAUAGCGACGCUGGUCUUUCUUAUACUGCUCGUUGUCUUCAUCUGCAUCUAUGCACAUCGUCAUAAACUCUGCUAUAAGAAGAAUCAGAAAAAGGAGGAGAAAGCAGAGGAAGCUGAAAAACUCAACAUGGCUGCAUCAACCAGUGAAGGUCGAGAGUGCCGAUCAUCGGUCCAUGCCGAGACAGAAACAAACACAGUGUGAUGAGCACCAUGAAGAAUUUGCUUCUGUAUCCUGAGGCUUCGGCCACGUCUAUAUAAGCUUUUCUUCUGGCCUUUUACCAACGCCACAGCCGCACGCUUCUCAGGUUACGCACAUGAAAUCUGAUCUGUAUAAACUGUAGCAGGAAUGGAUCAGGGGAUCAACUCCUUGGGCCCCACUCUGGCUUCCACGUGUAUGAAGUGCGCCCAACUUGUUCCUGUUCUUCUUUCCCUUUUGGGUUCCUGACCUCAUACCUACGAAGCAUCGUUCUGGAGGUAUUUUGAUCCAAAGCAACACCCUGAUUAGUAUUUAUGGGUGGUCUGAAAAAUUGGUACAUACAAUACCCAGCUGUAUCAUUCUUCUGAUUUUACUCCGAUCAUACACAGGAAUGAAUUUCGGUGAGAGAUCGUUUAUGUCAGUGCUAUACCUCCCAGUAGAGGUGAUAAGUAAUGAUGCAGAGUUGAAGUGCAGCCUCAUGGAGCUCAUCCUUUACCUAUGGUUUAAGUUAUUAAACAUGUAUUUUCAGGCCUGAACAUUUCAAUCCAUUUAACAAUCUAAUGAGGAUAAUGUAUAGUUGACUUGUGUACAUUGAGAGUUUCACUUGGAUGUAAGAUUGAUGGUUUGGCCUGAAAAAAUGAAAUGAUGUGAAAAUGGAGAAAACUGAGAUCGGCUGUUUCUUCGUGCUGCGUGUUUUUUGCUUUUUCCUGAGGGACAAAUGGACAAGUGUCUCUAAUGGCCAUUGUGGGUGUGGGAGUGGGAGUGGGCAAGAGGACCGGUAUUCCUGGAGAUGUGUAGGUCACUGACGGGAACAAACACGAAGGCUCUUUACCCCCUGCCUGGGUGGACGGUCUUGCUUCACAUGCUGCUUGUGCCUGAAGCCCAUAAAGGAUCAAUUCAACCAAGAGGAGAAAUUCCAGCAGUGAAAAUUUUUACUGACAUUUACUCCUUGAGGUUUAAGACACAUUAUUAAGGACUAGUUAACGAGACCAUAAACUGUGUUCAGUGAGAAGUUGCCAGUUUUUGUUGUUGGCCAGCUACCUGUUGUCGAUUUUCAUUUUGUCUAUUGCACAUGGUGCAGAACUUGCUGAAAAUAUGUCUCUCCCCAACAGCCCAUACACAGUUUUAUUCACUGUAUGAAACAGAAGGCACGGGCUUAUUUCACUGCAGCGUUUCACAAAAACCUGUUUUUUUUUUUUUUUUUUUUUACUGGAAUGUAUUGCCAAAG